CUCUUCAAAAUUUUCUAAAAUCGUCAAGGAAUUGAUCACAAGAGGGGCGUGGGGUGUGCGGUGUGUGGCUUGAUAAACAUCGAAGGAGGCGAGUUUUAUAUUUUCAGUUGCUUUCGGAAGCAAGAACACGGAAAGCGCCAAUUAACGUAUUCCCUUUGCCUUUUUAUUACUCGCAUUUUGUAAACGAGAGAGAAAGAGAGCAAAUUUCGACUUGAUUCUGUGGUAUCAUUGAGAUUUGGUUCUUUGUUAGAAGCUGUUGAAGCGACUGAUGAUUUCUUCUGGACUUGUUUCCACAUAUUCAUUUUUCAGCUAUGGAGCUGGAAUCGCCGGGAAUGUUUUUGCUUUUGUGUUGUUUCUCUCACCUAUACCCACAUUUAGAAGAAUUACAAGAAACCGGUCAACAGAAGAGUUCUCGGGGUUGCCGUACAUUUAUGCCCUAAUGAACUGCUUGAUCUGCCUCUGGUAUGGAAUGCCCAUUGUAACACCUGGUAUUAUAUUGGUUGCAACAGUCAAUUCCAUAGGGGCUGUUUUCCAGUUAACAUACAUAUUCAUCUUUAUUUUAUAUGCUGAGAAAAAAAAGAAGAUGAAGAUGCUGGGAUUAUUGCUGGCAGUUUUAAGCAUAUUUGCACUAAUUGUAUAUAUGAGCUUGAGUGUACUUGGUUCUCCUAUGCGGCAGAUCUUUGUUGGAUACUUGAGUGUUGCUUCUCUCAUAUCCAUGUUUGCUUCCCCAUUGUUUAUAGUUAAUUUGGUGAUCCGAACGAAGAGUGUAGAGUUCAUGCCAUUUUAUCUGUCACUUUCAACCUUCUUGAUGAGCAUCUCUUUCUUUGCCUACGGAAUGUUAAAGUGUGAUGCUUUCAUUUAUGUGCCAAAUGGGAUUGGAUCUGUCCUGGGGGCAGUGCAAUUGGUUUUGUACUGCUACUACAGCAAAACGUCCAGAGAAGACUUAAGAGAAUCCUUGAUAACAUCGUUUGCAUGAAUGAGUUUUCCCAAAUAUUGAGGAGAAAUGCAGAAACAGAGAGAAAUCACAGAAGGUCCUUUAAGAGUCACAGCAGCUUUUGGUUUUUCCUGCACAACAAAGGAAAAGCACUGUUAAACCAACUCUUUCAAGUCAAGGCUGCAAUAUAUUUGGUGUUUAGAAUAUUCUACCUUGUGUAAAGCAGAGAUAUGCUACCACCACAUCCUGUAUGUUUGAGAAAGAAGUUUUCACAAACCUAGUUUUAUGAGACCAGCUUUUGUCUUGAAUUGAAGUUCCGUGCUUUUUAUCAUGAGGGUGAAGAGGCGGAGUAAACUAUUUGGUCAGUUUUUUGGCUGGAUCCAUAAGAAUUUCUUGCAUUCGCCAGUGAUUUUGGCUCAAA